CUAGUGUCGGGGAUACGUACACACGGGGUUUGUCACCGAGAUUGUUUCCGUCAGACCCGGGAACUGACUCGGUGCACGAACACAGGUACCUAAUAACACACUCAAACUGCAUCACGCAGCAGUUUACCUGUGGCGUAAUGACAGGUAUGCUGUGUAGAUGUGUAUUGCCGCGGUUGCCACCUUAUGCAAAUGUGACAUUGAAUCAACAGUGUGCAUACCUGUGCUUGCAGGGGACAGGUGCGCGGCGUUCUGGCGGAAGUAGCUAGUUACCCUUACCUGGUGGAGAUAUGCUGAGGACAUUCACAGAGAGACUAAGUGGGGGCCUGUCGGAGAGCUUCUCCAGCACCAUGGGCACCGAGGAGCCUCACAGCCUGGAGUGCAUCCACAAGUCGGAGCUGUUUCCCAAGAAAUCCAUCGUGUUGGAAGAUGACACGCUGCAGGUGCCCUUUCCUACCAUGAAUGGAGAGUAUGUGACAUAUUUGGGCAGGACUUCAGACGGUGUCAUAGCAUUAUCUAAUUUCCGGCUGUUUGUGCGGCAGAAGAACGUAUUUGUGAAUGUGCCGCUUGGAUUAAUUGACACUGUGGACACAAGAGAGAUCUUCUACCUUACUGUCUACUGUAAAGAUGCUACUACAGUCAGGUGUGCAUUCUCCACCAACGAACAGUGCCAGCAGUGGUACAAGAGGUUGUUAGAUGCCAUUGCAGCGCCCAAGGAGGUCAAUGACCUAUUUGCCCUCGCAUACCAUGCAUGGAGGGAGAAUGACACACCUACCAGUGACACUGCACCGUCACGGACAGAGUUGGAGGACAACACAAUGGACCAUUACACAUUUGGGAAGGAUGUUGAUAGAAUGCAGUUUGACACCAACCAGAAGAAAGCGUGGAGGAUAUCGCUGAUUAAUGAAAACUUUUGCCUAACUUCCUCCUACUCCAAGUAUCACAUUGUACCAGCAGCGAUCGGAGAUGAAGAAUUGAAAAGUGUGGCCAGCUUCAGGGCUCUCAAGAGGUUUCCAUCAGUUGUUUGGAGGGACCAGAGGAAUGGUGCAGUGUUGGUACGUUGUAGCCAGCCAGAGCUGGGCUGGCUGGGGUGGCGGAACACAGAGGACGAGGUCCUGCUGGGGGCCAUACCCAAAGCCUGUGCUCUGAAUCCAGGGACAGAUGUGAAGAAAACAACCAGCGAUGGGGGAACAGAUGCAGAAGUCCAGACAGCUGUGACUCCCAAGAAAAUGUUGUUGAUUGAUUGUCGCUCUUACGGGGCUGCAUUUGCCAACAGAGCCAAGGGUGGAGGGUGUGAGAGUGCAGACUACUACCCUACCUGUGAGAUUCAGUUCAUGAACCUGGCUAACAUCCACACCAUCAGGAAGAGCUUCAUAGCCCUCCGAACCUUGUGUAGCACGCAUCCUGAUCCAGCUAGCUGGUUGUCAUCUCUGGAGCACACCAAGUGGUUGCAGUACAAUUCCUCACUGCUGAGGGCUGCUACCUUGGUGGUCAAUGCAAUUGACAAGGAGGCUCGUCCAGUGCUUGUCCACUGCUCAGAUGGCUGGGAUAGGACACCGCAGAUUGUGUCCUUGGCUGAAGUUCUCCUUGACCCUCACUACAGGACAAUAAAGGGCUUCCAUGCUUUAAUAGAACGAGAAUGGCUGGAUUUCGGUCACAAGUUUGCCGAUCGCUGUGGCCAUUCCACUGACUGUGAUGACCCAAAUGAACGAUCACCGAUCUUCUUACAGUGGCUUGAUUGUGUCUUUCAAGUAUACAGAAAAUUUCCAUGUGCUUUCGAGUUCAAUGAAGCUUUCCUGGUAAAGCUGGUUCAACAUACUUAUUCCCGCUUAUUUGGAACAUUCCUGUGCAACAAUGCCCGCGAACGGCAAGUCAACAAGAUCUCGGAGAAAACAGAGUCUGUAUGGACACUCUUACUCAACAACGACAAGUUCGUCAAUCUGCUCUACAAUCCUAAUUCGGACCCACAUGUUCUGUAUCCCGACUAUGGAAUGCAUCAACUAGAAUUGUGGAAAUCGAUCUAUCUGUCCAAGAACUCCUUGGAGACGAGUCCUGACAUACUUGACGAGUGUUUGAAGACAAGCGACAGUGAUAUCACACCAGACCAGGAAGCCCCAGGACUUCAGAAAACACGAUCCUGUGAGAGCCUCAACAAAUUAGGGGAGCAUCCAAGUAUUCCCGGGCGCAGGAUGAGUGAUCCGAACAUCAUCCAUGGAUCACCCGAUACAGCAAUGCUUCUUGCAAAAGAAGUAGAUUCAAGUCAUGGGACAGGAAAUGAAAAAGAUGAAUCCGAUGAAGACGAGACUGUGAUGGAGAACGGCCAUGAUGAAAUGGAUCUUAUCCAGAAUGGUAUUGUAGAGAAUGGGCUUUCAGAUGGAGUAGAAUCUGAUGGGUUAUGUGAUAAUGAAAGCGAGACUUCUGAUUCUGAUAUAGAGCGGUGCGUGGAAGAGACUGGUGUUCCAAUCAGUCAGGAUAAUACAGAGGAAGAAAGCAGUGAAAGUACAUUACAAAAUGGUCUUGUUAACGGCCAUAUCAGUGAAGAGGAAGUCAGUGAGGACGCUCUGAACUGCAAUGACCUUCCUGUUGACUCUGAAGGUCACAAUAACGACAGACAACCAACCCAAAGAGGAACAAUUGAUAUCAUGAGUAAAAAAUUGUCUGAACGGACUUUGAGAUCGGUUGAAAGUUCAACUGAUACGAUAACUGAUUUGAGUGAUAAUGGGGAGCGGAAACAAAGUCAUGGUACUGUGAAUGGCUAUGCAAACAAUUGCCAUGAGGGUGUCGAUGAGGAUGUGAAUGGGGUAGCAGAUGAAGAGGAGGCUGCAUCGAAGGAUUACCUGAAACAUCAGAACACAAGUAUUAGCACCAGUACAACAGAUAUCAGUGACUCUAAUGUACAUAGCGCUUUCGGAGAAAAGCGCUCGAUUAGCCGAGAUUUGAGACAGUUGUCUCACUGUAUCCCAAUGCGUCUCAACUGCAAUAAUGUUAUGUGCUCACGGCAAGACAAGACAAGUGCAAGUCCAUCCCCUUCAACGUCUCCAUUCCCCACACCUGUCAGUUCCAGAACGCCAAACUCAACAUGUCCGCCCACACCAGGCACCGGGGAUGGCAAGAUGUCCGAGUCCCCUCUCAGCCGCCAUUACAAUGGUUUAGGGCGGCACUUGGACAAAGACGGCCUAACAACUUUUGUGGACCCUGUCCAACAGCGUAUGUACCAGUUGGAGUCUGAGUACAAGCGCAGGGUCCAGAUUCUCGAGAUACAGUUGGCUGCCGCUCGCAAAAUCCUACAGCAGAAUGGCUGCAGUAAUGGGAAUGGCAGGACAUAUCCAGACUACAGAGAUGAUAUCGCAUCUCUGCCCGAGUCUACAGAAGGGGGAGACUUCCACUCUCUGGGGAACGUGAGCAACCCAGCAUCAGACGUGAGCUGGGAGCAGGUGGAUGACGGCGAGUCCAAGAUGACACUGUGGGUGCCGGACCAUGCUGUGACUCACUGUGCUGGCUGCGACUAUGCCUUCAGUCUCGUCAGGAGGAAACACCAUUGCAGGAGCUGUGGUCGCAUCUACUGCAACACGUGCUCAAAUUACUUCUCCCCCGUGCCACGUCAGCACCUAGAGGAGGCCGUGCGUGUCUGUCGCAGCUGCCACAUCAUGUUGCAGCCUGCCAUUGCUGCCGCCAACCUCGCCUCUGCAGGAGCUACCACACACCACAGCUGUCUGACCGAGGACAAGCGCGUUCCCAUCCUCGUACCUGAGUGACAUCCCCGGAGUAGUGGUGAUGCGUGUAUCCACAUAGGGCGGGCUAUGGACAUCAGGAUUCGGUCCUGUUAGGAGAUACCCUCUUUGUUGAAUCUUAUCAAACUGAACUAACAUGGGAACUCUUCUGGGAGCUUUGAAACUUGUCAAGUUGCAAAUAACAAAUAUGACAUGAAUAUUUUUAGUGUUUGUCAGAAACAUUUUUAGAAAGAAAGGGUAUGAGCCACUUAUUCUCUGAGCAAAGAAAAUGUAGAUUUUCAAAAACAUUAACAAGAAUAGAUGUUGCUCUUCAGUGGAGCUACCAAUUGGCUGAUGGUGGAGUACCGUUCCUACUAUAUUAGCCUGAUGUGAGAGACAGUAAGGGCUGUUAGUAUUUCGCAAUCCUCCAUAUAAACACUUCGCUGUAUAUGAUAUCUCACAUCCUUCCCCUACUUCCAAACCAAUGCUGACUCCUCUAAAACAACCCUUUUCUCUGAGAAAAAUAUGAGGCUGUAACAUGAAUGCCAGUGAAAGAUAAUGUUAUGUUGUAUACUUAAAUACAUCUACUGCAUGAUGACUGUCAGAACUGUAGCAUUAUCAGGGCUCAAAUGAUACACUGAAGUCAGAACUUGAUAUGGCACACUGUAUUUGAAAUUUAGCGUUCAAGGCAAGGGGUCCUUGUCAUUAAAAGUUAAGAAUAUGAGGGUCCCUAGAUUUAUUUUCUAUGGGAGCAAACUUCAAGGACAUCAGGACCACACUUUAUAUUGAACACUGAAGAAUACAGAGUACUGAAUCAAGUUUAAUAUUGUGGAGCAAUGGUGAAUCGUUUCGGCCGUAGUCUUUUGAAAUCUGUCUAUCUCUACAGGACCUCAAACCAAGGUUUCUGAAAAAAAAAAAUCCUUUUUCUCAUAACUCGUAGAACUGUAUGGCAAUUACAAGGAAAAGAGAAAUGUAACUUGAAUUUGUUCAUUUUGUAAUCUUCUUGACAAUGACACAGCCUAAGUAAGUGUAUUGACAAUUAUUUUUGAACUGUGGAAGUGUCUUUCCUGUGUAAACAUUGUUUUGUAUCGAUACAAAGGAUGCGAGAUACAAUACUGGACUGAAAUAGCAUUAUGCAUUGUAAUCGACAGACCCAGUAAAUAAUACUCCAGAGUUGUAAACUCAGCAGCUAGUUCAGACAGGGCCUGUUUUGUGUCACAAAUGGAACGAGGUAACAGCUGAAUCUGAUGGUUGGGUUGGUUUCCAUCAGUGUAAUAUACAUCAUUAAGCUGCAGGUAUUGGACAAGGAUAACGAUGACUGGGACAGUGUUGUAGAUGUGGUAUCGCAGUGGACGUAGAGGUUGAGCAAAUGAGGAUGGAAAAUGCCCUCAUCUCAAUUACUGGGGGAAUUCCAACUUUUCAUGUGUUGCUUAGCUUCUGGCCAAAUCACGAAAUAAUCAGGAAAUUUACGAGUGUAUGUGUUGAGAUUACGACUGGUCAGGUUGGAAUGUGAAUGUGUAGUUUAUCUGCGCUUUCCUUUCAUAUAAUGUGAAUGUCAACUCUUAUUGUUCAACAGCUGUUUUUUAAUUGUCAAAUACAUUCAAUUUUAUGUUCGAAAACUCCAUGUAAAAAAUUGACAAAUUUGAACAAAAUUGUUUCUCCCUUAUUGCUGAUCUUCAGUAUACAAUGAUACAGUAAGACUGUGCUACAAUGCUUGAUAUGGGAAAAAUGAUGUGGUGUAAAGAUGCUAGGAUGAAGAGACUUAAUAUCUGAUGUGCAAUUACAUAUCUGUGAUACAGGUUAGCUACAAUGGGAUGCGUGCUUAGAGCAGUUUUGUUUGCUUCAGUAAAACCAGAUUCAUCUUUUCCAUCUAUCAGUUCUUUUGUCUGUAUUGUAUGAAAAUCAAAAUUGAAAUAAACAUAUUUUGGAGAUUCAUUGAACAAUAUUAAAUUAAAAUGAGUAAUGAAUUUUGUAAAGAAAACCUUUGAGAGUGAAUAAAAUAAAAGAAAUCUGUGAUUUCAUGAUGGUGUUUCAGAUGGUGUCUGUGUUUACUGGCCAUGGCGUUUGUAUAUUAGUUUGUGCCUGACUACCGGUCAUUAUGCAAUGUCUGCGUUGGUGCCUGGGGGUGGGGACUCUGGGUGUACAUAUUGGGAUGGUUUGUGGGGGAGACAAAAGACAUAAACAUGCUCAGUUUCACUUCGAACAACCUUGUCUGAACAAGAUUCAGAACAGUUUAUUCUGGCUAACCACUGCAGGAUGUUUAUGAGGGUUACCUCCCUUUGUUUUAUAUCCCUGCCAAAGUGAGAGUGUAUUCUGUUGAACCAAACUGCUUUAAUAUAAUUUAUAUUUGAGUUUCAUUUGUGUUGCUUCUAAAUUCAAGUUAGUGUUCUUUGUGAAACUGGCAAAGUAUUUGUCUUUUUCAUCCCUUUCUACAAAGUUUUUGAUUCUGAAGGCACUGUCCUUGUAUAAAGAAGUAUGGUUUUGAAAGGGUUACCUGGUUUAACAGAUUUUGUUGUUGCUGAAAAUUGUAUUCAGAUUUAAUUCCAUGUACAGACUGUAGAUGCAUCCUCAUUUGUUCCAUUGUGGGGAUUCCAGGACGAGACAAUGAUGAAGUGUGUCACCACUGAGUUAUGUAUAGAUGAUGCUGACACUAUGUGUUACUUACAAUAUUCUUGUGUAUGAAUGCUCUCAGUGUUGAAAGCAAGGACUGUGUGACUACAGUAACAUGAUAAAACAUGGCACCGUCCCCUGCCUAGAAUCCAAGUGAUAAUUUGUCCUCCUCAUAAUCUGUACUUUUAAUUUUGUCAUCUCAGCAAAAAUAACAACAGAUUAACGUUAUUGUUUUUAAUAUUUUGUCUGACGGAGUGCCAGGGGGACUUUUAGACAGUAUACACAAAUAUGGUCUUGAGUAUUAAUUAUUUUGCAUAAUACUACUAUUCAGUUCUGGUAGGAUAAAGAAUAAAAAGUUUGAAUUCUGUCUGAGAUUGCAUAACAUUAUUGAUGAGUUCUUAAAUGUUAUGCAUUGAAUUCAAGUGUAACAUAAUUACAUCUUGAAAACAAUGUUUUGGAAUAAAUAUAUGCUGUUUUGGAUAGUGAAAAGAAGCAACAUCUUGAAUCAUCGGGUGUGGACGAGUGUUGUACGAUGUGCACUGCCUCUCGAAGAACCUUUUACAUGCACAUAUUCAACUAAAAGUUAAUGUCAUUUAUUAUAGGGCAGAUUUGGUUUAUUCAUUUCAAUUUAUUAUUUUUUAAUUUAAUUAGGCAAUAUGCCUAAGUCUGAAUAAAAUAUACAAAACAGUAUCUUGGUGUUCUCACCUUCAAUUUAGGAUAAUAUCAAUCGUCUUGACCACAAAGGACAAACUGAAUUGUUUGAUAAGGUGCUGCAUUUGUGAGCUCUGUUUUUCUGAUGUUUACUGAAAACAAUCUCUCAGUGUAACUGUGAACAUAGCAUUAUCAGCCUUGGACUUUGAUUUUGAUUAAUUACUCUGCUCAUAAACAAUCUGUUCCCCAAUACCCUACUGACAUAUGUAACUACUGGUAAUAUUCAUCAGAGUAAUUGCUAUACCAUACAAAUUAUAUUAAAAGAAAUACUAUCAUAUCAUACAGUAUCCCUACACCAUUACUUCAUGUGUUUAUCAGUUGACAGUCAAGUAUCCUUGGAUAUCUCUUUAAGUGUGAGUUGGUUACAUAUAUAAGUACUGUAUUCUAAAUAUUAAGCACUUUGGGCACAUGCAUUUUGAAAGAUAGUCUCUCCUUACCAUUAUGUUUUUACUGAGUUAUGCUUUCAAAUUCCUUAAUAUUGUUAAAAUCAGACAUUUUAAUCCAAUAUUAUAGCUCUCUGCUUGAAGAUCUGACAACCCCUCCACAGGUUGUCUUGGGUGAACCCUGAGUCAAGUCUGAUAUUUAUAUGAAGGAUGUGCGAGUUCAAGCCAGUUAGAAGUCAGCUUUUUAAAACAGUUAAAAGAAACCCCACACACAACAUUAAUAUUUCAUCAGUGGUACCCCCUUUUUGGUGUAAAUUUCCUUUACUGGGUGUAUAAAAUAUCCACAACCAUAUAUGUUAUGGUGGGUUUGUAUAAAAUAUCCACCACCAUAUGAUAUGUUAUGGAGGGUUUGUCUAAUCUUCAUCAGAGGUAUUGUACAAAUGCUGUUAUUAGUGAAAUUGCAAAAUUCUUCAAUGUUAUAUACCAACAACUUUAUGGACAAAGUAAGAACAAAAGGAAUAUUUAGGUCCAUGAUAAAAGACGCUUGAAAUUAUGUUUUCAAAAUGUUUUACUCAUUAGUAGGUUCUUUGAGCAGAGUGCUUAAUAUGACAAAUACUGUAUUUUUUUCAAAUGUCAGACAAAUAUUUGUUUAAUGUCUGUAAUUGUUAUGAUUUAGUUCUUAUUUAUUUUGUCUCAUCUGGCUUGAGUAAAUUUUCAGUUUAACCCUGAAAUAAGUCAUAGAUAGAUUCAGACUGUUUCUGUUUAUUAUUUUUAUCCGUAAGGCACAUUAAAAAUACUAUCUGUUAUAUAAUUUGACCUUUACGGUCAUCUUUCCGGCAUAUUAUUUGUGCAUUUUUUCUGUGUACACUUUGACAAAAUUAUUUUUCUUGCAUGUUCAGUUGACUCAAGUACAUGUGUACUGAACUGAGAUCCUUUUUUGUCAGUAUCAUCAAUGGAGCAUCAUCAAGACUUGUUGAUGAAAUUUCAUUGUUAAUACUUACAUCAAUAUAAGUCCACUCAUUGGCAUUGUUUUUAUUAUAAGUUUUUUUUAAGUAGAUCAGAGACUUAUUCCCAUGUUAGUUUAACACUGGAAACAGUUCAGUGUAUAGAUUUAUUUAUAGUGUUUGUGGUAUUAGUAAAACAAGAAAUGCAAAUCAAUGGUGUAGGCUACCAAAAAGUCUGAUCGAAAUGGCAAAUUGAAAAACACUUGGAAGGUAUUAGUCCUGUUUUAGAUUUGUAUUCUUCUGUGAAAUAUUCUUUAGGUAUUAAUUUGUGUUUUGAGAUGUGUAUACACCUGCACAACCAGUUGCAUUAAACUUUAUUGAAGUACAAUUAUAUGUUUUAGUUUGGAAUACAGUACAUAUUAAAGCUGAAUAAAUCUUGGUGCAGUGGACAAUUACUGUUUUCCAAGAGAUCCAUUAAGCCAAAUGGUUUACUAAGACAACUUAAAUCACUUGAUAUUUACUGGUAUGAAAUAAUACAUCUCUCUGUUAAUUAAUCUUUCCUGAGAAAUAAAAUGAAUAUGUGGAUUAAA